GUACAAAUAAGUAGUACAGUAUAAAACUUGCCAGUGCCAAGGCCAUGAAGAAGAACUCCCACAGUUCACCACAUGACACCCGAGCUGGCUGGUGAAGUGCAAGGCUCCACAGAGAGAAUUUGCUGAAGAGGAGAAGGCGAGAGAGGAGAGGAGAGAGAGAAAGAGAGAGAGAGAAAGAGAGAGAGAAAGAGAGAGAAAUACCCCGAUAAGAGUCCCCACCCGUGCGCGGAGGUGCGCGGAGACGCAGGGCCUCGGGCGGCCCCCACCACAAGUUUGGCAGGCAGGAUGCCCUUGCUUUGGCUGCGAGGAUUUCUGUUGGCAAGUUGCUGGAUUAUCGUGAGGAGCUCUCCGACCCCCGGGGCCGGGGGCCACGGCGCGAAUCCCGAGUGCCCGUCCUGCGCGCUGGCCACGCUCCCCAAGGAUCUACCCAGCACCCAGCCCGAGAUGGUGGAGGCCGUCAAGAAGCACAUUUUGAAUAUGCUGCACUUGAAGAAGAGACCCGAUGUGAGCCAGCCGGUGCCCAAGGCGGCGCUCCUGAACGCCAUCCGCAAGCUGCAUGUGGGCAAAGUGGGCGAGAACGGGUACGUGGAGAUCGAGGACGACAUCGGCCGCAGGGCGGAGAUGAAUGAACUCAUGGAGCAGACCUCCGAGGUCAUCACCUUCGCCGAGUCAGGCACGGCCCGAAAGACGCUGCACUUCGAGAUUUCCAAGGAAGGCAGCGACCUGUCGGUGGUGGAGCGGGCAGAGAUCUGGCUCUUCCUUAAAGUCCCCAAGGCCAACAGGACCCGGACCAAAGUCACCAUCCGCCUGUUUCAGCAGCAGAAACACCCGCAGGGCAGCGUGGACGCGGGGGACGAGGCCGAGGAGGUGGGCUUCAAAGGGGAGCGGAGCGAACUCCUGCUGUCGGAGAAGGUGGUGGACGCUCGCAAGAGCACCUGGCACAUCUUCCCGGUGUCCAGCAGCAUCCAGCGCUUGCUGGACCAGGGCAAGAGCUCCCUGGACGUGCGGAUUGCCUGCGAGCAGUGCCAGGAGAGCGGCGCCAGCCUGGUGCUCCUGGGCAAGAAGAAGAAGAAGGAGGAGGACGGGGAGGCGAAGAGAAAGGACGGAGGCGAGGGCGGCCCAGAGGAGGACAAGGAGCAGUCCCACCGGCCCUUCCUCAUGCUUCAGGCCCGCCAGUCCGAAGACCACCCACACCGCCGGCGCCGGCGGGGCCUGGAGUGCGACGGCAAGGUGAACAUCUGCUGCAAGAAGCAGUUCUUCGUCAGCUUCAAGGACAUCGGCUGGAAUGACUGGAUCAUUGCGCCCUCGGGCUACCACGCCAACUACUGCGAGGGCGAGUGCCCCAGCCACAUCGCGGGCACCUCGGGCUCCUCGCUGUCCUUCCACUCCACCGUCAUCAACCACUACCGCAUGCGUGGUCACAGCCCCUUCGCCAACCUCAAGUCGUGCUGCGUGCCCACCAAGCUGAGGCCCAUGUCCAUGCUCUACUACGAUGACGGGCAGAACAUCAUCAAGAAGGACAUCCAGAACAUGAUCGUGGAGGAGUGCGGCUGCUCCUAGCUCCCCGCGGCGCCGCCCGCCUGCGAGGGGAGAGGGAGCCCGAGGUGGCCGCAGGGGAUGGUGGUGGCGAGCGUGAAGACACGCGUGAGGUUUCUGAGUGCAACGCCCAGAAAAAAAUAGCAAUGUAAAAAACCAACAACAAAAACCCCAACAACAAUAAAAACACACAAAAAAAGAGUGCAAACUAAAAGCAAACAAAAUCUGAUGAAACAGAUGAAGGAAGAUGUGGGGAAGAAAAAUAAUCCUUAGCCCAGGGCUCAGAGAUGAAGCAAUGAAGGAGACAGGGACUGGGAGGGGAAUGGAGAAUCGUGUACCUUUCAUUUCUUCCAAAAUCAAACUGAUGCCAUCAGUUGCUUCAAUGCGGUCUUGUCCUCUCCCCCCGCCCCUGCAUUUCUCUUGUGAGCCUCCCCAUCUGGUCCAGACUGCAGUAGUGCAGGCUGGCACAACCCAAAUCACGUCUAGAAAGCCAUGAGUUUGAAAGGGCCAGUCCCACUCAAUUACCCAGGUCAUAAGUGUGUCUGUGGGACGCAAUCGGUGUGUAAAUCAGCACACAUACAUACACACACACAUUCUGAUCAAACGACACAAUGCAGCAACACUUCCUUUUUUUCUGCACCAUUUUUACAAGACAAAAAGAAACAGA